UCCUGAUCAACCAUGACGUUAUCAGAACAACCACUGCGUCAUUUCAAGGCCGUCAUCUGUACUCUUUAAACAACAGCUCCACCCAGCGGUGACUCCAGCUAUUGCCUUCAGUCUGAUUUGGCGAAUGCAUUUGCGAGGUCUAUUUUCGUCUCAAAUAAAUGAUGGCGUGCUCCAAACAAGAAAAUACUCAGUGGACAACAACUAUUAUAAUCAGCAAGGCCCUCCAGAACCAUGAUAUCUGCAGAAGUCUGAUGGCGCAGCAACACCGAAUCAGAUUCUCUGACAGUGUGGAGGAUGGAGCCUUUAUUUUCCCCAUGUCAGGCACUGCAUUUCUGUUUCUUCAUCCACAAGAGCUUCCAAAGAACUGUGAUGAGUCACAUCAUGUGACUACUCAAAUAGAUAGGUUUUUGCAGGUUCACCGCAACAGUUUUCUGUUCUUGUUCGAUGCAUUUGAUGGGGGAAAGGAGUACCUGACUUUCUUACAGCGCAGAUUUUUUGGUGCAAAUUUAAGGAUCAUUCCAGUGCGGAGCAAUGCAGAUAUCAUCAAAGGAAUGUUGACAAUUGCCAAGGUGACCAGCAAGCCCCAUGUCAACAUUGUCCUGGAAAGAUUGGCUCAAGUUGGGCGUCACAUCCUUGAGAACAGCUCAGUGCACCAAAUGUUGAAAGACCUCAAGUAAGACGUGUCACGUUCUUUUGUUCAAUUGAAAAAGGUAAACACAUGUAUUUGCAACUUGUUUUGUUGCUUGAAAAGUGUUGUUAAUAACAUGGGAUGAAUAAAAUGUUUAGUUAGCCAUCGUAAGAUUUCCUUCUGUGAUCUCAUCAAUGCGGAAAAUGAGACUUUCCAUUAGGUCCAAGGUCACUAAAGCACUCUGCAAGACCUGAAGUAAAGAAGGACAUGCUGUUGUCAGUGAUCAGUGUAGAUCUAAAACGUUAGGACAUGAGGACACGAACCUGAUGCUGCUCAGCUGGAGUCAAAUUCGACUCUUGCUUAUGUUUCAAGAUCAUCCUUUUCAGGGACUUUGUGGAACCAGCGCACGCUCUCAUCUCUUGUUGACAAUGUGGAGAGACACAGUCAAUUAAGCUUUGCUUUCAUUUCAACUGUGGUUGACAAUCUACCUCUUGCUUUCAGCUUCAUAUCCUCUGUCAGAGUCUUGAGCUCAUAGGAAUAAUAAGAUCUGGACAUGCUGAUGCUCACACGCAGCGUUUGUAAGAAGCUGUCCUUGAUUUGGCAGAACUCUCUCCACACUUCCUCCUGGGUUAGAGUGUUGUAAUUUAUCCACACGUUUGACAGUAGUAAACAGUGUUGCCAACACUUACUUCCUUGGUGAUUUUGUUUCGUAUGAGGAGAAAGCGCAGAAGAUUCAGACACUCCAUUAUCCUGUAGGAGUAGUGAAGUCACUGUUACUUGGCAGCAUUGUGUUUUCAUUUAUUGAAUCCUUCUGAUGGACAUUCAGUACGUCAUGGAACAAUUUGAUGAAUGGAACCUUAACAUAUCUGUCACAUUCACUGCGAACAUCUAAUGUCUACGUUCACUCACAAGCUUUUACUUGUGUACCUGUCCAGGUUAUACAGUAGAUUAGUCUGUGCUCCGUCUGGCAAAGCAAACACAAGUUGCAGCAGAGGCAAGAAGUUUCUCCCCUCGGGCCAGUCGUUUGUAUCAUCCCCCUGCUCCCAACAGAUGAAGGUCAC